AUGGGAAAAUUAGAAAAUGUUUUCUUGGUUCAUUCCCUCCUUGAGGUAGCGGAAGAGUCAUCUGGAUUUCUUAGCUUAAACAGAGUCAUGAGUCUUGACAGUAUGGAAAUCGACUUGACUGAGAAGCUAGUCUCCCCUUCUAAACCUGUGUUAGAUGCUGAAGUCGAGGAAAGUAAAGCUAGCGUAAGUGCAUCUAAAAGAUGGAGACCAGCACCAACACGACGCGAGCAGGAGAAGUGGGAGAAGGCUGCAACUGGGGGCAGUGAAGUGUUACUCCGAGAAACAACACGUUCAAAAGAGGACCCAAAUAUUUUGGCUGCUCGGUCAGAGGAGCAGUAUCUUAAGUUGAAGGACAAAUUACAGUUCCUCACCAUUGGGAUUGGUGGUGUUGGCAUAAUUUCAGCAUAUAUCUCUUAUUCUCCUGAAAUUGCAGCAAGUUAUGGUGCUGGGCUACUUGGUUCAUUGAUGUAUAUGCGUAUGUUGGGGAACAGCGUGGAUUCUAUAAGGACAGAUGGACCCAAAGCUCUCAUCAAGGGAGCAGUUGGGCAGCCAAGGCUACUUGUUCCUGUUGUUUUGGUCAUGAUCUAUAAAUGGUGGAAUCGCAUCCUUGCGGCAGAAUAUGGACUCAUGCACCUUGAGUUGAUACCCAUGCUAGUGGGGUUUUUCACUUACAAGAUUGCAACUUUUGCACAAGCAAUCGAGGAGGCAGUGACAGUUAUAGGGAAGAAGACAGAAACAUAAUUAUAAUAAGUAUAGUUUUCCAAAGUCUCACUUAGGAUUGAUAAUUUUUUGUUUUGGCCUCAAUAUUUAUCUACAAAGGAGUAAGGUCUACAUUUUUACUGCAUCAAUUUUCUUGUUUUAAAACAAGGUUGUAUAGUUCAAGCAACAAUGACAUGUUGAAUUCAUAUCCUCUUAUACACUUGACUCAUCAAGGAGCAAAGUAAAAUACUGGUUGUUCCUAUUUUGAGUUUGGUC